AUGCCUCAGGCAUGUCCCUUGUCCCCCUCACCUUUGUCCCCUGUGCUGUCUCUUGUCCCCUCACCGUGUGUCCUCUGCCCCCAGGGCCCCCCACGCUGCUCCUCUCUGCAGGCUCCCAUCAUGCUGCUCUCAGGGCACGAGGGAGAGGUUUACUGCUGCAAGUUCCACCCCAAUGGCAACACCUUGGCCUCUGCUGGCUUCGACAGGCUCAUCUUGCUGUGGAAUGUCUAUGGGGACUGUGACAACUUUGCCACCCUGAAGGGACACAGUGGGGCAGUCAUGGAGCUGCACUACAACACAGAUGGCAGCAUGCUCUUCUCAGCAUCCACAGACAAAACAGUGGCUGUGUGGGACAGUGAGACUGGCGAGAGGGUGAAGAGGCUGAAGGGCCACACGUCCUUCGUGAACUCGUGCUAUCCUGCACGCAGAGGUCCUCAACUCGUCUGCACCGGCAGCGACGACGGCACCGUCAAGCUGUGGGAUAUCAGGAAAAAAGCUGCUGUCCAGACAUUCCAGAACACUUACCAGGUCCUGGCUGUGACUUUCAAUGACACCAGUGACCAGAUCAUAUCUGGAGGCAUCGACAACGACAUUAAGGUGUGGGACCUGCGCCAGAACAAGCUCACUUACACCAUGAGAGGCCAUGCAGACUCAGUCACAGGCCUCAGCCUCAGCUCUGAAGGCUCCUACCUCCUCUCCAAUGCCAUGGACAACACAGUUCGGAUCUGGGAUGUUCGGCCCUUUGCCCCCAAAGAGAGGUGUGUGAAGAUUUUCCAGGGGAAUGUACAUAACUUUGAGAAGAACCUUCUGAGGUGCUCUUGGUCCCCAGAUGGGAGUAAAAUUGCAGGAGGCUCAGCUGACAGGUUUGUCUACGUGUGGGACACCACAUCCAGGAGGAUUCUGUACAAGCUGCCAGGCCAUGCUGGAUCAGUGAAUGAACUGGCUUUCCAUCCAGAGGAGCCUAUCAUUCUCUCUGCAUCCAGUGACAAAAGGCUCUAUAUGGGGGAGAUCCAGUGAAGCCAAGGAGGAGAUGGUGGGAUCCAUGCCC